UCAGAUGUGUUUCCUGUUUGUUCCUUGAACAAGUUGCCAAACAAUGUUACUUUGGAAAUCCUUUCGAAGAUCUAAUAGGAAAAAGCAUUGGCCCAAAGUGUUAGCCUGUGUUUCUGAAGAGGAACUUUUUGCUUUUUGUGUCAAUUCCAGGUUUGUAGCAGGGUUUGGGGUUUUUCUGUGUGUUUCCUUUGAAUGUGAGUUGCUUUUAUGCAGGACUUUGAAUGAUUCGAUCAUGUACCCAAGAGAACAUUUUACUGUGUCCUGCUGUCCAGUGCUGAACCGGGUUGAGACAGAGCAGGUGGCUGUGUCUGUGUGCAACGUGCAGGAGCAGCACCAGGAGCAGCAGCAGAGCAGUGCCCGAUGGCUGCCUCGGGACCUGGCAUUUGGCCCUGCACUUGCUGCAGGAGUCCCUGCCCGGGUUCCCUGCUGACCCAACCUUCGCACCCAUCUCAGAACCUGGGUUCCCAAGGGGGUUGCCUCAAGUGGUUGCCAGGAACCUGAGGCCAUGGCUGCCCCACUUUUGGCUGCACGAUGCUGAUGUCAGAGUGGCCAUUGUGACCCGCGCAACCAAGGCCUCCAAAGGGAAGGCUGGGCUCAGGCCGUGUGUCAGUGCGACCUGACAACGGGAGGAGAAGGCAGGGCAGGGACGCUGCUGCCCAGGGACCAGAGGAGCCCCACAGCUCGGGGCUCUGGGCCUGUGCUGCAGGUUCCCCUGCCUCUCCCUGCCCAGAAUCAGAGAAGGAACAGCCGAGUAGAGUGCAGUGUUCCUCGAGGCGACGACGGGGAGGAGAAGGCGGACAGGAGCAGGGCUCACGCAGGGCUCAGCAGGGAGUAGUGCCCUCGUGGCUCUGGGCCUGUGCUGCAAACUCCCCACCCUCCUCUUUCUCCCACAGAGAGAGAGGAACAGCACCUGGAGGAGACUUUUCUGGACAGGGACUCACCGCUGACGGCUGCCAUGUGCGACAGGCGGCAGGAGGGCCCUGGUGCCAGGGAGCCAGUGUGCAUGCUGUGUCGCCGUGCAGAGGCUGACCCGGACGUCUGCGGUGACAAACUGGAGAAGCUCGGGCUCUGUGCCCACGUGUACUGCCUGUUCUUUGCCACUCUACUUUUUGCUCAAGAGGACAAGCAUGUUGGACUCAAGGGAUUUCUUCCUCGAGAUAUCCAAAUUGCAGUGCGGCGGGCGGCACAAAAGCGCUGCUGCGUCUGUGGCCAGAGCGGGGCAACCAUCAUGUGCUGCAAGAGGGGCUGUGCCAGAUGGUUCCACCUGCCCUGUGCCAAGGACGGCGGCUGCGUCACACAGUAUAUUCUACAUUACAGGUCCUUCUGCCCUAUGCACCGUCCAAAGCAGGCCGUGGAGGCGACUCCAGAGCCGGGCACCAAUUGCCUCAUCUGCUUGGAGCCUGUGGAGGAUAGAAAGACUUUCAGAACCUUGGUGUGCCCAGUGUGCAAAAGGGCCUGGUUCCACAGGGACUGCAUCCAGGGACAAGCCAUGCGUGAGGGUCUUUUACAUUUCCGGUGCCCCCAUUGCAGAGUCGAGGAGGCAUUCCUUCUCGAAAUGUUCAUACUGGGGAUCCGAAUCCCCUUCAGAGAGCCAACAUGGGAGGACGACGAUGCCUUCGCAGAUCUAGGAGAGAGGCACAGCAGGUGCAAUGCCAGGGAUUGCCUUUACCCGGGAGGCAGGGAGGAGGCAGAGGAAGAGGGGCCCUGGGAACUGCUCCUGUGCUCCUCCUGUGCUGCUGAGGGCACCCACAGGCGCUGCUCUGGCCUGAGAAACAGCGUACAGAGCUGGGAGUGUGACAGCUGUGCUGGUGUUGAAACGGCCUCCAGGGAUGAGCCAGAGCUCAGUGGCCCCCGGCCGGCCAGUCAGUCAGGACUGGAGCCUGCUCACGGCUCCGCAGAAUCUGAGGCCAUCAGCCCCAGCUCCUGUGGCCCGGUGCCAUCGGGGCUGGGUCCCCAGGCUUCAUCUGCAGAGACCAGCAGCACAGCACGGCAGCAGUCUCUGCCAUCUCCCUCGCUGGACACCAGCAGCCCCAGCACACCAAGGUCAUUGUACAGCAGCACCCCUGAGCCUGAGGACAGGGGCCAUUCCAGACAUGCUGGGCCCGGCUGCAGGCACACCCGCUCCCGCCAUGAAGGUCGGGCCUCCAAUGGACCAGUCCGAUCGAGGAGUCGCUGUGACAGGCGCAGCAGGACAAGACCAAGGACUGAGAGGCCCAGGCGAAGGGAGACACCUCCACAGGCAUCCCCCAGACGCAGCCGCUCCCGCCAUCAAGGUCGGGCCCAGAGUCCACCUGUCCGGUCCAGGAGUCGCCGUGACAGAAGCCACAGGACAGCAACAAGGACUGAGAGGCCCAGGCAAAGGGAGACUCCAUCAGGGACAUCCCCCAGACGCAGCCGCUCCCGCCUGCAGCGCCAGGCCUCGAAUCAACCUCUCCGGUUCAGGAGUAACCAGGACAGGAGCAGCAGGGCAAGACCAAGGACUGGGAGGCCCAGGCAAAGGCAGACACCAUCACAAGUAUCCCCCAGACGCAGCCGCUCCCGCCAGAUAGGUCAGGCCCAGAGUCCAUCUGUCCAGUCAAGCAGUCACCGUGACAGGAGCAGCAGGACAAGACCAUGGACGGAGAGGCCCAGGCGAAGGGAGACACCUUCACAGGCAUCCCCCAGACGCAGCCGCUCCCGCCAGCAACGUCGGGCCCUAAGUCCACCUGUCCGGUCCAGGAGUCGCCGUGACAGGAGCAGCAGGGCAAGACCAAGGACUGAGAGGCCCAGGCAAAGGGAGACUCCAUCAGGGACAUCCCCCAGACGCAGCCGCUCCCGCCUGCAGCGCCAGGCCUCGAAUCAACCUCUCCGGUCCAGGAGUCGCCAGGACAGGAGCAGGAGGAGAGCAGCAAGUGCUGAGAGGCCCAGGCGCACGGGGACACCAUCAGGGAGAUCCCGCAGGAGCAACCGCUCCUGCCAGAGGCGUCGGGCCUCAACUGGGACCUCCAACAGCAGCACGUAGCCUCGUCUUUUCUUUCUAGUCCAUCAGUCGCUGCCGGAAGUGAAGUAAAGCCAAAAGGAAGAAGAAAGAAGAGAGUGAGACACUGCCUCAAGUGUCUGAAGAAAUCAGACUACUGUAAGCAAUACAGUAAUCUGAAGAAAUCAGACUACUGUAAGCAAUACAGUAAUCUGAAGAAAUCAGACUACUGUAUUGCUGCUGAUUGUUUGGAGCUUCAAAGAACAAACCAGAAAAGACUGUGGAAAUACCCUGGGACAAAGAGGAUGCACAGGACUCUGCCCCAGGUGACCAUUUUGGACCUUUGCCCAAGAACGGCACAGCUCAGGAGUAGAGUGCUUUCAAGUUUUCCUUCUUUGGAGACACAGAGGAGUUGGGCAUCAAAGAAGAUAAAUGAAGCCUUAUAAAAAGAAGAUGAAACAACAUUAAAUUGACUAACAGACCUGUAGGAGAGAAAAGAAGCCAUGUGAAGUUAUCCAAAAUAUUAAAAAAACCAACGCAACAACACAAAGCAACAAGACUCACACAAUUGUGCUGAAUUCAGAAGGUAUUCAGUGUCUUCUGAAUGCAACGAUAAAUGUUUAAGAAUACAGCAGAGAUCCCGAGAACAAAGUGGAAAAUCCUGGAGCCGAGAUGUAGCUCAGAAAAUCUGGCAGGAGCAGAUUCUGUCCUUCCUACAUCUGUCUUCUCCACUAGUCUUGCCGACUUGGGACAGUAAAGCUGGUAAAAGUCACAUGGCAAGAGGAUUCACAUUUCCAAGACAGCAGUUCUGAGAGUGAUGAUGAGCCUGAGACGUGAGAAACUGAAAAGGACCAGGAAAUGCAAGUUUGUUUCUUUACCACGCACAGAAAGUGCUAGAGUUGUCUUCUUCUUUGAAGAUGAUGUACUCCUAAGAGAUAAUUGCCUAAUAGGAAUCUGGACUUUUAGAGCUUACCAAAACAUUAGCCAGCUGAGAGGUUACCUAGACAUUUUGGAUCCUUUCAGAGGGCCCAAAGUUAUUUUGUAGAUCCGCAGAUCUUAGUGAAGAAAAAGAGGGUUGGGAAGACCGACGUAGAUUAUUGCUUGAGGUGAGUAUGUAACAUCUGUUCCCUGGGAACUGUAGGUGAAAGCUGAGCACAGGGGGGAAAUGCAGGCAUGAAUGGGCAUGCAAAAUUAGUUCAGGACCUCCAGAAGAGCCUGUAACUUUGCAACUCCCCAGGAACAAAAGGGUUUUAGUGUACCAGUGUGUAUAACAUCAUGUUGUGGUGUCCAGUCAGGUAAACCACUA